UUCAAUAAUCCACUGUGAAUUUUGUUUUUUUGACCUCUUCAUGCUAGGUUGGGUAUUGUCUAUUUAUUAAUUGUCCUUUACCUUUCUAAGACGCCACCCACUGGGUGUCAUGUUUCACUGAUCUCAUGGAUAUCGGUAUGACACAGUGACCUGCAGUUUAAAAGAUAGUCUUGUCUCUAGGUCAUUCAUAGAUAGUUAGUUCAGCAUUCUAUACUUUACUUGAAAAUGAAGGACUAUGAAGAAAUUACUUCCUUUUUGGGAGAAUGGGGACCUUUCCAAAAGGUUAUUUUUCUUCUGCUCAGUUUAAGCAGUAUUCCUAAUGGCUAUGUUGGGAUGGCCAUGGUUUUCCUGGCAGAUAUCCCUCCACACCGGUGCAGGGUCCCCCAGCUGAACUUCAGUGGUUUUGGAAUGGAUUUGAAUUACUCCAUACCAUUACAGGAGGUAAAGGGAGAGGUCAUUUUAAGUCGUUGUACUCGGUUUAAAGAACAAUUGGACUCUGCUACCGGCUUUGGGAAUGAGACAGAGGGAUGCCUGGAUGGAUGGGAAUUCAGUAAAGAGCAAUACAGGUCCACCAUAGUGACAGAGUGGGAUCUGGUGUGUGACAAUGCAUGGAAAACCCCUUUCACCGUCACAAUAUUCUUUUUUGGAGUGCUGUCCGGGUCUUUUUUGUCUGGGAUCAUCUCCGAUAGGUAUGGGAGGAGGUUCAUUUUCUUUGCUACUUUGGCACUCCAGACCGUAUUCAGUAUACUCCAGGCUGCUGCCAAUAGCUGGGAGUUGUUCUGUGCCUUAUACUUUAUCGUUGGGAUGGGACAAAUUGCCAAUUACUGUGCUGCAUUCAUACUUGGUUCUGAGCUUCUUAUCAGAAAUGUACGCAUCAACUUUGCCUCACUGGGGGUCUCUAUGUGCUAUGCAAUCGGAUACACCGCUCUGCCAAUGUUUGCCUGGUUCAUCCGUAGCUGGAGGAUUCUGCUGAUAGCCCUGUCUAUACCUGGAUUUCUUUAUAUCCCACUUUGGUGGUAUAUCCCUGAGUCUCCACGGUGGCUGUUGUCUCAGGGCAGGGUAAAGGAGGCAGAGGACAUCAUACGAGCUGCAGCAAGAAAGAACGGCAUCACUUCUCCAGAUGUCAUAUUCAAACCGGAAGACUGUGAACAACUCAUGGAAAACAAGGAAAGUCAGCGACUGUACACAUGGCUGGAUCUCAUCAAAACAACUAACAUAAGGAACAUCACACUCAUCAGCAUUAUCAUUUGGAUUGUCAUAUCCAUGACUUACUAUGGGAUGUCCCUAAACACCCCCAACAUGGAUGGAGACCCUUAUUUCAACUGUUUGGUGGCUGCAUCCUCCGAAUUUCUGGGUUAUGGAAGUAUCUGGUUAUUUAUACGCUACACUCCACGGAGAUUCACUCUUCCCUUCACCAUGAUCCUCUCUGGGACCCUGCUUCUGAUCAUCAAGUUUAUCCCUCAAGACAUGCACGCCCUGUCUCUCACCCUGGUGAUGAUUGGAAAAACAGGUGUCACUGGAGCGUUUGGAUUCCUCUAUCUGUAUGGCACAGAACUCUUCCCCACAGUGGUGCGCAAUAUGGCCUUGGGUGCCACCUCCAUGGCUUCCAGAGUAGGUAGCACUGUGUCUCCAUACAUCGCCUACAUGGGCACGUAUAACAAGAUACUACCCUACAUUCUAAUGGGAGGCACCACAGUCAUAGCUGGUGUGUUGAGCUUGUUGCUACCAGAAACAAAAGGAGAACAACUACCAGAAUUCAUCAACCAGGUUAAACCCCUCAGAUGCAUGGGCACAAACCGGGCUUCUCGGGAUGGCCAGAGGCAGAGAGGAAACACACAGGUGGGGAAUGAAGUCAACAACAUCCAAGAGUGAUUCUGCACGAGCAACUCAGUACAAAGCAAGUUGCAAAGGCAAGCUGUAUUGAAGAUGUUUCCAUAAUUGUGUGUGUUUUGCUUAGUUUUAAUGUCUUUGUAAAUGUACUAAUAAGUUGAGAAUGUUUAAAAUACUAUUGUAAUGAUUUAUUUGUGCACUGAAGUGCUUCGGAACACAACAGAUGACCAUGAGGAAUUUCAGUCUGGUAUAGUCAAUGAUUAAAACCGCAUUUUCUGCGAGUGAAAAGAGCCUCCU